CGCGCGAGCAAAGCAAAGCACAAGCAGCAAUGGGGAUCUGCUGCGGCAAGGCCAAGGCGGCGGCAGGGGAGCCCGACGACGACGAGGGCCUGGGCUUCCCAUGGAUGCACGACGACCUGUUCCACAGCCACCUGUGGGCCAGCGCCGGCGUCUCCGUGCACACCAAGCAGGGAUGGAAGGGCGCCAACCAGGACGCCAUGACCGUCUGCCAGGACUUCGCCGGCCAGAAAGGCCACAUCCUCUGCGGAGUGUUCGAUGGCCACGGCCCUCGUGGCCGGGAAGUCGCUCGCCACGUCCGCGACACCCUCCCGGUGGAACUAGCCGCCGCUCUGAAGCCGAGAACCGGGGACGAAGAUCCCUCCGCCUCGAGCGACGCUUCGAAGCCUAAACCUGACGAAGAUGGCUCAGGCGAGAAUGGAGAAGAUGGCUCAGGCAAGAAUGGAGAUGCUUCGAGCAACGCCGAUUUGGAUUCCUUCGACAAGUCAGGAGGUAGCGGCUCGUCCAGCGACGUUACGAGCGACGAGAGCCAGCAGCAGCAGCUGCUGCUGUCCACUUGGAAGAACGUGUUCGUGAGGGCUUUUGAGCAGGUGGACGAGGAGCUGAGGCGGCUUUCAGGAAUCGACUGCAUCUGUAGCGGCACAACUGCAGUCGCUGCUGUUAGGCAGGGCGAUCACUUGAUCGUUGCCAAUCUGGGCGAUUCACGCGCCGUCCUCUGCACCCGGGACAGCAAGGACCGUCUGAUCCCUGUCCAGCUCACCACUGACCUGAAGCCGGAUCUGCCAAGUGAGCUCGCGAGGAUUCUGAGCUGCAAGGGGAGAGUGUUCGCCAUGGACGACGAGCCGGACGUGCCCCGGAUGUGGCUGCCGGACCAGGACGCGCCGGGCCUCGCCAUGGCGAGGGCGUUCGGUGACUUCUGCCUCAAGAGCCAUGGCCUUAUCUGCGAACCUCAAGUCUACUGCAGGAAACUGUCCGAGAAAGACGAGUUCUUGGUGCUUGCUACUGACGGGAUUUGGGACGUGCUGUCGAACAAGGAGGUGGUGAAGCUCGUGUCAUCGGCGCCUGACCCGUCCAAGGCGGCGAGGCAGCUGAUCGACCGGGCGGUCCGAGCGUGGCGGCGCAAGUACCCGACGUCCAUGGUGGACGACUGCGCCGUCGUGUGCCUGUACCUGAACCGGCGGGCCUCACCUGCUCCCGUCGAGAGCAGCAGCGGCCUGCUCCCAGUUCCCGACGACGUGAGGCCGGCCGCGCCUUUCACAGGCAGCAGCUUCCGCAGGGCUCUGACGAGCAACGGCCAGGCGGUGUCGGAGGAGGGGACGACGGCGGUGUGGAGAGCGCUGGAGGGGGUGGCGCGGGCCAACUCCGUGAUCAGGCUGCCGCGCGUGGGCCGCGUGCUGAGCUGGCGGAGGCGGUCGACCUCGCUGGACGAAGACGACGGCGGCGAGCGGGAUUGAUGGACUCGGGCGGGGAGGGCAUCGGAGGUCGUCGUUUUCAUGGCCGGUACACGUAGACGUAGCUAGAUUCGUUCGUGCAUGGGCCGAUGGACGCGAGGUGUAGGAUUUGAUUGGCCUGUCGCAUUCUGGUGUGGCUGUUGCAAUGGAUGAUGCGACAUGGACAGGAGUAGCAUUUCUUUAUCCCUGGCUGAUGAAUCAGUGAGUGCUUUUC